AUGGGCGGCCAACUGUGUAGUUGGUUAGUUAGUCAAGGUACAGAAAAGGCAACAUUAUUGGACUCUAAGAAGGAAAAUUCUUCUUCUUCUUCUUCUUCUUUCACAGCUGAUCUUUUUGGCACAAAAGAGGCCCCACCAACUUCUUCAACUGGAAUCUUUGCUUCUAUCUUUCCACCUCCAUCUAUGGUGUAUGCUCUGGAAAUCAUGGUUGGAACACAAAACAAGGAGCUCCAGGUUAGUGAUAUUAGCCCUGUUCUAUAUCGUUAUAUAGUCAAGAACUUGAAAGAAUUAUUUAACAAUACAGCUAUGACUAGUGAGGCUGCAAACCAUAACAUGCAUAAUAAGGACAGAAACUCAAUUUUUAUGGAAGAAAGAGCAGAACCAUAUCAUCUAAAUUCAAUAUCACUUUACUACGGUGGGCAAGAUAAUUAUUCUCAGCAUCCAAAUGGUCAUAAUAUUUCCGGAUCGUAUCCCUAGUAAGCCUUGAAUAGUAGAUAGCCUGUGUUAUUAUCAGCACACCAAA